AUGAACUUCCAGUUGGCUGCUGCCAGCUUGGUCAACUCGGAGCUCACCUGGAACGAUGCGAAUUGUUUGAGUUUCUGCUGUUUCUGGGCCUCUUCUCCCAUCGAGACAAACGUGUCGGUGACGAUGAUGUUGGCAUCCUUACAUGCUUUCUUUGGAUCGUGCGAGGUUUCGAGCGUGGCUCCUGUUUCUUCGGAGACAAGCUUGGCAGCUUCCAAAAUGGUUGGGUUCAUGGUAAUUCCUUCAGGAUUGGCAAUCGACACGCUGAUUCCGCUCUUUAGGGCCGCAAUGGCCAGAUCGUUGAUCACGUUGUUGGCGUCGCCCACCCAUGCGAGCUUCAGACCCUUGGUCUCGCCGAAAGUCUCCUUGAUCGUCAGGAUAUCGCAGAUGGCCUGCAACGGAUGGUAG